AUGUGUCCAGGGCCUCUGAGUGUCUCCUAUGACACCCCCGCCCGCAGCCGCGCAGCUCAGAUAUUUGAGCAGCAGCUCUUGGCUGCCCCGCUCCACCUGCCUCCCUGGCGACGGGAGUCGCCCGUGUUUGUGGGUGACCACGACCAGGGAGCCCUGGCCAGCACUGCGCACUGCGGGCUCUUGGGCCCUGCCGCCCCCGCCCCUGCCCCAUCUGCGCCCCCGUUGGCUCCGGCCAGGCCCCUCGCAGCCCCCCAGGCCCUCGGCCAGGCCUCCGCCCCUACACGCUGCCCCUGGCGGGCCUCCCCCUGCGGCCUCCCGCACCGGCCUUGGAAGGUAGAGCCCAGGGCUCCGGCCGGUGCGGGUCCGCGGGCAGGCGAAGCAGGCAGCCCUGGGAUGGUGCCCACCCUCUCCCUUGGCCCCGCCCACGCCUUGUCCUCUAAGUGCCACAGCAAGCUUUCAGGGGGCCACGGCCCCCUCUGCUGCUUGCGCCGGGGAGCCUGCCUCUCUGCCUUCUUGCUGCUCCUGCUGGUGACUCUCGCAGCCCUGAUCGCCCUGGUUACCAUCCUUGGACGCCCACCACGCACACCAGGGGCCCAGGCCUGUGUGACGCCAACAAACAGGACAGGCUUCCUGUGCCACGACCGGAGGAGCUGCAUCCCAGCCAGCGGGGUCUGUGAUGGUGUCCGCAGCUGCACCCACGGCGAGGAUGAGGAUGAGGCCAUGUGCCGGGACAUGCCCCAGAGCCUUCCCCGCUUCCUCGUGGCCCGCUGUGGAGACCCGUCUUCCUGGAUCUACUCAGACCAAAAGUGUGAUGGGACCAACAACUGUGGGGACUGCUCGGAUGAACUGAGCCCAGUGACUGUGUGCCCAGCCUGUGGCCCGGGGUGGUGGCGCUGCCCCUCCACCGUCUUCCCGUACUGCGGCUGCAUCCCGAGGAUCCUCUGCCGUGACCGCGUUCAGCAUUGCUCCGACUGGUCUGAUGAGUACUCCUGUCCUGGCCCCUGAGUGGGCCACCCAGGCCAGAGGCGGGGGCCGGUUGGGAUGGCGCUGAUAACCUCGACUCCAAGAACACGAGGGCAGGAAGGAGGCUUCUGGAUCAUCUGGUGGGGUCCAUGCACUGUCUCCCAAUAACAACCGCCUCCCCUGCUUUCAAGUGUCCAACCUCCCCUCGAAUGUCUCCAGUGACAGGAGCUCGCUACCAUGUCAGACAGCUCCUAACAGCGAUGAAAGGAAUCUGCUUUCUGAUUUUAGGCAUGUCCUCUGGGGUCGCACAGAGGAAAGCUGUUGCUCUGCCCCAAGACAGGCUUGCAGAUCCUGACCCUGUCACCCCUUAGAAAAAAGGUAAAACCAAGCCAAGGAGUUCAGCUCUUACAGAUGGCACGUGUUUGUGAAGUGAUGCCACUUUCUGACCCUUUGGUACCUAAGAUAGAUACUGCUGGGCUCCCAGGCAGCCUUGGCAUUGUUCUCAACUCAGGGAUCCUAGCAGGCCUACUGAUUGAUCACAAGAGAUUGCACACGAGGCAGCGUACCUGCCAUCCUCCCUGUGGGAAGCCAUCAGGGAGGCUCUGAG